GCUACCCUCGGUAGAAGGGAGAAAAUAAGAAAUAUAUAUAUAAGAAAAAAAAAGGAAGUUUUGCGCUUAUAUACAUUUUCACCUCCCCUCUUUCGUCGCUUAUUCUUUUCUUUUUUGAUCUCGUCAUGUUUAGUCGACUCGGGAAUUCCGGCCAGUGCGGGCGCUGCUAAAAGAUUUUCUAUCAAAUUUCUUUUUUUUGAUUUUUGGUCCUUUGAUCUGAGACUGUUAUCUUUUUUAGUGAUUUGUUUUUUCUCACGUUGGCUUGUCGUUCUUAAACCAGCGGCCGUUGCUUGGACGUUUCCAUUGUCGGCCACCGCAGCCACGCAGCGACAUUUGCAUGUCACCCAAUCCUUGUGUUGUGUGUGUGUUUGAAAACAGUGCGACGUCCAUCUUACGUCUUUAAGAGAACACACAAUCAACGUACUGCAUCGUUUUGGAAAUUGUUAAGACAAAAAAACAAAAGAAACUCGAUGGAUUAUAACGUGCGCUAUUUGUACGGACCUACCGGCGUCCUCGUCAGCCUCGUUUUAGCCUCCAUCCGCCAGCCGGUAGUCGUAGCUCGUUCUCAAGUUUAUGUUGCUCCGUAUGCCUCCGGACGGGCGGGCCCAUUCGAGGCUUGUUUGAAUGUCACCAGUGGAGAAGAGGGUCGGUGCAUGUUUGCUAUGGAUUGUUUCCGCGCCAGAGGACGUCACGUUGGCAUCUGCACUAAAGGCUUUUACUUUGGCUCGUGUUGCUCGUUGCCGACCUAUUCAUCAUCGACUGCCGAUCCACCGCGUCCUCAACGGCCAGCGCCGCCGCCGCUGUCAGCCGUCCAAUCUCCGGCCAUGCCGCGGCCGCCGCCUGCGCUGCCGUUGACACCCGACAAUUUGCCUCGGGUGCCAAUCGUUUUGGAGAGCAACGAUAUCGACGGCCCCGCGGCAUCGUCGCCAUCUUUCGAUCCGCUUGAUUUGAGCUUUUGGCCCGACCUGCUGGCCAACAUCUACGGCCUCAAGCCGCAGCCGAUGGCAUCGCACAAAUUUCCCUAUUCGACCUUUCACGCUCCGGCCAUCAGCGCCAAUGCGACGGAGAGCUCGUCUUCCAUCGGGACGUCGACUACGAUGGGAUUGAUGAAACCCAAUGUCACCGUCAUCUACGCCAACGCCACUGUUCCAGUCGAAAGCGAAACCCCCUGGGUAGUUCCUGUCGAGAGUUGGCUCGAGGAGGUGGUUGAAGAACACACGACAUCGAUCCCGACAACAUCGUCGACCAGUCAGAGUCCCUCGUCAACGCCACUACCCAAUGCAACGUCAUCGACAACGACGUCGACACCGACGACUUUGCAAACUGUGGCCAUUGUCGACGAACGUAACACCACGUUUGCUCUUUUGCCGUCGUCCGGUCCGGCCUCCUCAUCCGGAAUGCAACGCCAUGGAAGCGUUGCAGCAGUGUGUGGCAAGCCCGUCUACAGAUGGCCAAAAAUCAUUUCGGGAGAGAAUGCCCGGCUUGGGCAAUGGCCGUGGCAGGUGACGCUCCAAGAAAAGACGAGACGCGGUUAUUUCCACAAAUGUGGCGCUUCCCUUUUGUCCAAAGAUUGGGUCAUUACGGCAGCGCAUUGUCUCAGCAACGUCCAGCCAGAAAGCCUGCUGGUCCGAUUGGGCGGCAUCGAUUUCGCCAGCGUCGAAGACAAAUGGAUGGAGAGUCGUGUGCAGCUCUUCCCUCAUCCGCAAUUCAAUAUUCAAACGCAGCAGAACGAUAUUGCCUUACUGAAGCUACUCACGCCGCUCGUUGCAUACCAAUCGAGCAUGUUGCCCAUCUGCUUGCCGGACAAGGACAUGGAAUUCGAUGGGGCCCAGUCUUUCGUCUCCGGAUGGGGAAGACUUGGCGAAAAGAGUCCGAUUUCGACACGGUUGCAGUACGUCGGCGUGCCCAUCAUUAACAACACGGAAUGCCAGAAGAUCUACCAACCGAUUAAUAAGCAAAUUGACCGACAAUCGAUUUGCGCCGGUUAUGCGGAAGGCCUCAAAGAUUCGUGCGAAGGCGACAGUGGAGGACCGAUGAUGGUCCACAGACGCGGACGCUGGGUGCUGGCCGGUGUCAUUUCGUGGGGCGUCGGUUGUGCCCGUCCCAAUCAGCCGGGAGUGUCGACUCGCGUCACCGAAUUUCUCGACUGGAUCCAAUCAACGCUGGACGCCGAUUCGUUGCCCGUAACGUGAGCUGUUUUUUUGCAAACAAGAACGACAAGAUCAAAUCAAAGUAUAAUAGUAAGAGAACAAAAGAAAACCCUAUCACAAUGAUACAUAGGCUAUAUAUAUGUUAAUGACGUCUUCAAAUGUCGCUAUAUAAUCGUCAUCAGUUUCAAUGCAAUCUGCUCUUCUCGUCGGGAUGGUGAAACGCUGCUAUCUUCAACGUAAUGUAACGCAAACGUUUGUGGCGUUAUAGAGUUGCGGUACAACGUGAGUGUGUGCGUGUGCGUGUGUGGGUGUGUGCGUUGUUGUGUUUCGGAAUGUUGUACAUAUAUAUACUGUAGUCGGUGGGACAAACGCGAGAAUGAAACGUUAGACGUUUUCGGGGUGUCGGAUGGAUCUGAUAAUACAUGAAAUAUACGAGAGAGAGAGAGACAGAGAGAUAAACUGCCGUUAUUGGAAUA